AUGCACCGCGCAAAGCAAUUCUUUGCCGUACUCGGCCGUAGCACCGGCCUGAAAAAGGCGGAACCGGAACACGAUACCGAUAUCGACACCAAAGAUGACACCAAAGUCGAGAGAAAAGCCGAUUCCCGCACGCGCUACCGCGACUUCGAAACCCAAACAUCUCCAGACCCUAAGCCACCAACACUAACAGAAAAGGGAUGGACCUUUCGCCGCGAAGCCGAAUUCCUCUGGCGACUCGAGCAGGUCGUCGACCAAGAAGAGAACUGGCGUGGGACCUGUAUGCCGGAAGUCAAGGAUAUGCGGGCGAUGGACUGGGGCACUGAGCUCGUGCCCAAGGAGAUGGGCUCACUCACCACCAACGCCAUGCAGGGCCUCUCUUCCCGCAUCGUGGAUGCUGUAACUUCAAAUCCGGCAGUCUCUCUGCUCUACAUCGCCCUCACGACAAUAUUGGUCCUAUUUCUCUGGACGAAAACGACGAGACGGACAAGCGGUCUACCUUUACCGCCUCAACCGCCCUCGAAGCCGAUUCUCGGCCACUUGACGGAUUUGAUCAGGGAGAAUAGGGCGCGGCGAUGGCAUUUGAAGUUGGAAGGGUGGGCGAGAGAGUAUGGCGCUAUUUUCGGGGUGAGGACGGGGUAUAUUGUUGAUUAUUAUAUCAACUCUGAUCUAUUGGUCAAGGAGCUUUUUGAUAAAAAGUCUGCGGUGACGGCGGAUCGACCUGUGUGGAUCAUGUCGAAUUAUUAA